CAAAAAAAAGUGGCAUCACAUUUCACAAGUAAGAAGAGAUGAGACAGACAGACAGUACACACGACCACGACAUGAAUAUUUGUGAUUUGCGAAGACCCCAACUUCAAAAAUCAAAACACACAAAAUACAUUCCUUAAAAUAUUUUUAGAUUCACUCACUCUUCAUCCCCACCGAAAACACCUCUCUCUCUCUCUCACACACACAUGGCGUCAUACAAUAGAGGGGACGAUGACUAUGACUACCUAUUCAAGCUGGUUCUCAUCGGUGACUCUGGCGUCGGAAAAUCCAACCUCCUCUCCCGCUUCACCCGCAACGAGUUCAACCUCGAAUCCAAGUCCACUAUCGGCGUUGAAUUCGCCACCAGAACCAUCACCGUCGAUGAUAAUAAGGUCCUCAAGGCUCAGAUUUGGGACACUGCUGGCCAAGAAAGAUAUCGCGCAAUCACAAGUGCCUACUACCGAGGAGCUGUUGGUGCCUUACUAGUUUAUGAUGUCACGCGACAUAUUACAUUUGAGAAUGUUGAGAGAUGGUUGAAGGAGUUGAGAGAUCACACGGAUGCCAACAUCAUAGUAAUGCUCGUUGGCAAUAAAGCAGACCUGCGUCACCUUCGAGCCGUGUCUACCGAAGAUGCAACAGCAUUCGCCGAAAGGGAGAACAUCUUUUUCAUGGAGACUUCAGCCCUUGAGUCUAUGAAUGUUGACAAUGCAUUCACCCAAGUGUUGACACAAAUAUAUCGUUUGAUGACUCGGAAAGCGCUCGAAGCUGGGAACGAUCCUGCAGGAUUGCCUCAAGGGCAAACGAUAAGUGUGGGAAACAAGGAUGAUGUUUCGGCUGUUAAGAAAGUUGGUUGCUGCUCUGAGUGAAUUUGUAUGAAAAAUCAGGCAUUUUCAUCUCAUUCUCACCAUCCUUGUUCCUGAAACAUGUAAGUAUCUUGAAUCCCACACGGCUUUUUGUGGAACCUGUUGCUGAUAGGAUUGAGGUUUGAAUUGAAGAUAAUUGCACACUUCAUAGGGCUUUGAUUAGUUUAUAUUAUUUCUCAUAUUUUUCUUAUCCACACUUGUUAAUUUCCUUUAGUUUACUUUUGGCUUGACUGGAUCUGGUUGUAUUAGUUUAUGAAUUUUUAUUUCACAUGUAAAAACAAUCUCCUUAUACAAAGAUUAUUUAGUUCAUAAAAUAGUAUUAUGAAUGUAAGAAGUUUCCAACUUAAGAUCAUGGCUUAUCAUGGCGUAUAUCCUGUGACGUAAGCCUGGGUUUGUUUAUAAAAACAGUAUGCUGAGACAUAGAUGUAAACAUAAAAUUGUAUUUGG